CUUCUAUAACCAUCAAGCUGCCGCCCUCUCUCUUUUUCAUCUCCCUCUCACCAGCUACAAUAAUAAUGGAUGAAAACAACAACGACGCUUCCUCAUCAUCGAUAGAGGAUCUCUACAAGAUCGACGUCAUCCCAUCGGAGCUCUUCUUCAAGUUCCGCAAACAGAUCGAGGGCUUCAGACUUGGCCUCAAUCUUGAGUUCUUUAAUCUUGAGAGUAAUGAAUACGAAGCUAAGAUGGUAUUGAAGCCUCUGAGCCCUGAGAGGAGGUGGAAGUUCAUAUACGAGCCAAUACAUGGGGAUAUACGAUUGCUAUCAAAAAAAAUUCCGAUAACUAAGUACCUUAAUCUCCAGGUUGGCAUAGGUCACAGUUUUCAUCACAAUACAAUUGGCUGGAAAUGGAAGCUCUCUACCUGUUUGGGUGGUGAUGGCAUCUCGCAGAUUAGAAAUAAAACGGCUAUUGGUUUAUUCCCUGGAUUCGACUUGAGAAUUGGCUGGAGGGCUGAGUAUGUACUUCCGGAGAUUCAUGGGGCUGUGGGCACUGGUGAACCCGUUUUUGAUAUGAACUACGGACGCUUGCAUGCAUCAAUAGACCGAGUGGAGGCCAUUGUAAAUAUGUGAGUCUCUAUUGACAUUGUUGUGUUUUGAUACGCUUGAGCCUUUGAAGAAUCCUGAAGAGAACGCAAAGUUUAUCCAUUUGAGCUCAUACUCUAGUUCUGAAGUUUGCAAGAUUAAAGCUACUGCGUCAUGUAAAGUACAGUCUCAGUUUGUUUAUUAACCAUCAAUUUAUGGAAAACUAAAAGCGCUUGGGAAAAUUAUUGUGCUUUUGUUUCAGUAUCAUUUCUUCUUUCUUGGUCGUUCUUUUGUAACCAAUUGGCCCUCUUUUUUUUUGUCUGAGUGGUUUUUAGUGGCUUUUUACCUUCAAAA